AUGUCUCUCUCUCAAGUUAAGCAUAUUAUUCUGGUACUCUCGGGAAAGGGAGGAGUCGGUAAAUCUUCUGUGACGACACAGCUUGCCCUUUCUCUUUCACAGGCCGGAUACUCAGUAGGCGUGCUCGAUGUCGACCUUACAGGUCCGUCCAUACCUCGCAUGUUCGCCGUCGAGGACGCAAAAGUGAAGCAGGGGUCUGGUGGUUGGCUACCCGUUGUCGUUCAUGAAGCGAACCCUAGCACUGGCAUUGGGUCGCUGAGGGUCAUGAGCUUGGGCUUUCUUCUCCCCCGGCGGGGUGAUGCGGUUAUAUGGCGAGGACCAAAGAAGACAGCCAUGGUUCGCCAGUUCAUGUCGGAUGUUUUAUGGGACGAGCUCGACUUUCUCCUGGUCGAUACUCCUCCAGGAACAAGUGAUGAGCAUAUCUCUCUCGCCGAAACUCUCCUGCAGGAAGCACGUCCCGGACAGCUUUCCGGAGCAAUAGUUGUCACAACACCACAGGCUGUGGCAACGGCAGAUGUCAGGAAGGAGUUGAAUUUUUGCAAAAAGACCGGUAUCCGCGUCUUGGGCGUUGUGGAAAAUAUGAGCGGAUUUGUGUGCCCGAACUGUAGCGAGUGCACCAACAUCUUUUCCAGUGGUGGAGGAGAAAUUAUGGCCAACGAUUUUAAUGUUCGCUUCUUAGGCCGUGUUCCAAUCGACCCGCAGUUUCUGGUUCUGAUUGAGACGGGCAAGCGCCCUAGAUAUCCUGAAGGGACAAAGGUCAAUAGUCAAGAUCUAUCGUUUCAGCAUCUUGAACAAGUCGAUAACGCUGACAAUCCCGAAACCCCGAAUUCUUCGCUGCUGGUGGACAAGUACAGAGACUGCUCUCUUGCGCCGAUAUUUCGCGCUAUUACUGCCGACGUGGUGGUGGCAGUCGAGCAAGCAAGCGGGAGUUAG